GGCGGCGAGUUCGAGGACUCGAUGUUCGAGGAGCGGUCCGAGCGGCGGCCUGGGCCUCCCGCGCCCUACGGCGCCAAGCGCUGCGAGCCGCAGGCGCCGUCAGCCUGAAGUCCUGCCGCAGCGCGAACAGUCGGGACACAUCUUACCCAGUGCCUGCGGGGCGUGAUAGUUUGGCUGGAGAAGAGCUCUGAGCGUAUUGUGCAAUUAGAAUAUUUAGUAGCCUCGUAUUAGUUCAUGAAUAUAGAUCUCACUCACUAGUCCUCCAUAAUUGCAUUUUUGUUUCAGUGGUUUGAUGAAGAAACAGAGGACAGUGAUGAUGUGGAUGUUCUCACUGUCAGGAAAUUCAGAGGGGACCUGGCCUACAGACGCCAGGAGUAUCAGGGAAAAAAAACCCCAUCCUUACACUGAAUCCUCAACGCCCCCCCAUGGCCAGAGAGCCCUGCAGGAGUAUUCCAGUAUCUCUGAAAACCUGUCAUCCACCCACUGUGCCGUGACAAGGGAUGUCCGGGAAGGCCAGGCUCGCUGUCUAGCUCACCUGGGGAGGCACACGGAAGCACUGGAGAUUGCUACAGACUUGGAAAAUAAAGCGACCAACGCAACCCACUUGAGCACUGUCCUGUACCUCCAGUUUGCUAUUUGUUCAAGUUGGCCGAACUUGGAGAAAACCAUCUUCUGCCUGCAGAAGCUGAUUGUCCUGCAUCCAUUUAACCCCUGGGCCUGGGCCAAGUUGGCAGAGGCUUACCUGAGCCUGCGACUGGCUCUCUCGGAGUCACUCAUGUCAACACAGGGACAGAGUGGUUUGCCUUCCAGUGACAAAACUGUCAAAUCCGCCUUUCCACACUCAGGACAAGGCUGUCUUUUGUGUUUCCCUGGUACCUUGCCUGAGAGCUCUGUAUUUUCCCUGGACAAAAGAAGCAGUCAUGGCCAGACACGUGAGAAGGCUCUGGAAAGCACCCCCAGCUGUAUGGCAGGAAGUCGGGAGGCUGUGUUCCCAGGAAUGCUCCUGAAAGCGUGUGCCUCUUUGAUUCGAGCCAGGCUUUUGCUUCAGCUCACCGAAGCUCAGCAGACGUCGUUUGCUUUGGAGAAGAACGAAAGGACUCAGCGGGAAAUUGAAGACAGAAUGAAAGGCUUUCACUUCCCAGAGGACGCCCUACUGCGGAUCGCUGAGGUCAUGGGAGAAGAUAUCGUCCCAGAAAAAAUGAAAGAGGAAGUUCGUGCAGAGGUGCAGGGUGCUGGCUCUGCAGCCCUGGCCGGCUUGGUCGCUGCCUCGGUGGAAGGGUUUGAGGACAAGUGGUUCGGGAAGCUUGGAGGCCACUUCUGCUCCUUGGAGAGUCCCUUCCACACUGAGCCGCAGGUCUUGGCUUAGAGACUGUUUAAGUGCAAACAUCUUACAGCGUAUGAAUCAUCCAUGUUUACUUCAGAUGGUAUCCAGCGCAAAUCAUGCAAAAUCCUGAAUUAAAAACGAUUCUUUGUUUUGGAAAAAUGGUUUCUCACCCAGGUUA